CCAAGAAACUAACACCUCUGCAUUGCUCAAAAAAAUCAUUCCCUAUACAAAAAAUACCUUCCUGGGGAGUUGCCAUUUGAAAUAUUUUUAUUCCCAUGUUGUUGAGCCGCUACUAAAGGAAGGUAACAUGGAUCCCGAAUGCUUACCAAACCUUGUUCAUACAUUUAAAAGAAAUGAAGAGUGUAACUAUGUGGUGAAGAAAUUGAACGAUUACAUCACUUGUGCCAUUCGAGAAAGAAAAAUUUCUCUGCAGAAUGACGUAAACAACUGGGUCAGUGUUAUACAGGUAUUUUCUGCCAAAUGGAGAGGCAUCAAUUUUGUGCCCCUGCUGAGACACCUUUUGGUGAAUGACAGUUUUGCGCCUUCGAGCGGGGGGGAUACACAUCACGCUCAGGUGAGUGAACCUCGCAACGUAGAGGCACCUAUCCCAAGUGACAUACAAAUUCAGCAGCGCCAACUGGAUCAGCGCCAACUCGAUCAGAGCGGACUCAAUCAGCACCAACACGAUCCGCGCCAAGUGUGCCAUCCCAUUUCUUCCCGUGAUCUCCGCUACGCAACGUUGGAAAGCCUCCCCCCCAGGACCUUCUGCAUACUGCUGAACGUGCUGUCCAAAGUUAAAAUGCACAACGUGCCAGAUCCCACCUUCACAUCCUUUCUGCGUGAAAAAACGUCCCAAAUGCUUCCCUACAUGAACAACAUCGACUUGGUCCAACUCGCAGAAGCUCUAUCCCAACUCAUAUGUGUAGAUAAAAAAAUUCUCUCCACACUGAUAGAACCGGAAGUGUUCAAAAGGGUAACCUCCUUUGACGUUUUGCAGUUGUCCAUGAUCUUUCAUUCUCUCUCCAGAUAUUGGAAGGACUUAAAAAAAAAACAACUUUUUUGCGUACUCUUCAUGCGGAAGAUAAAAAAAUAUUUGGCACUAUAUUCAUUACACAAUCAGGAGGAGAAAUACAUCCUGCGCACUCGGAACAAAAAUACGCUGAUCGAAAUAGCGCCCAUGUUUUUUUUGGCCUACGUGAAAAACACACACUACAUGUUCCCGCACUAUUUUUGUUUUUCCAAGUUCGUCCUGCUGCAGUUUUCGAUUUUGUCCAAGUGGCUACAUCGCUCACAAAAGAGGCGCUCUCUCUUUGAAGGAAAUUACCAACGUGGGAUGCUAAAUCAGCAGAUGGAGGGACCCUCCCUGAAUAAGUAUCACAAUCAGCAGUUAGCAGACAGUGGAGGAAGCCAUCCUCCUUGCUUACGCCACACCAACCAAACGCUCUCCAAUUUGCU